AUGGAACGUUGGGUAGGAAAAGUCGCCGUCGUGACAGGGGCCAGCUCUGGAAUAGGGGCUGCAUUCGCAGAAGCACUAGUCAAAGAAAGUUUAAUUGUUGCUGGUUUCGCUAGAAGAAAAGAAAGAAUUGAAGAACUUGCUAAAAAACUACAAGGAGGUAAUGCUAAAGGAAAUCUUCAUGCGGUCAAAGUGGACAUGACCAAAGAAGACGAAAUAAUCGAUGGGUUCAAUUGGGUUAAAAAGAAUCUUGGACCCAUACACGUCCUUGUAAAUAAUGCAGGGGUUGCAAGAUACGGUUCAUUAAUUGAAAGUGAUACACAAAAAUGGAAGGACAUAUUUGACACAAACGUAAUUGGAUUGAGUAUAGCGACAAGAGAAGCUGUUAAAGACAUGAGGGCUAACAAUGUAGACGGUCAUAUCAUUCACAUUAACAGUCUUGUUGGUCAUCAGGUGUUAAACUUUCCAGGAUCCAAUGCUUAUCCUGCCAGCAAACAUGCUGUCACAGCCCUAAGUGAGACUUUGAGGCACGAAUUUAUCCAAAACAAAUUAAAAAUUAAAAUAACAAGUCUGAGUCCAGGAUACGUAAAAACAGAAUUUCGUGAAUCAAGUGGUAUCAAAAUUAACCCUGACUUGUCGUUCUUCAAGGCAGAAGGUUUAAAUCCUGAAGAUAUAGCGAACGGCGUUUUGUACGUUCUGGGCACUCCUCCUCAUGUACAAGUUCAGGAACUAUUAAUUCGUCCAGUUGGUGAUCAG